CACUUUGAUCAUGUUGCCUGUGACUCCCCCAAGAAAACGCUGCUUGUCUGUCGUGACGUCUCCAUAUUUCUCAAAGCUGCACAAGAAACCAAGAAAUAUAGACCACUUCGGUGCGAAUGUCAUGGGGGAAUUGUUGCAGACGCUUGCGAAACUGAAACCUCAGCUCAUUCAAGGCAAGGUCGCCUUAAUACGAACGAUCAGUGGGGACUGAAAACAUCUGGACCAGAAUCCUGCGCAGAAAACCCCUGGAAGCUUCUCGUUGCAGUGACUCUUCUGAAUAAGACCGCAGGCAAGCUUGCGAUCUCCGUUUUCGAUAAGAUCUUGUCAAAAUGGCCGACGCCUUGGCUCUUGUCACAAGCUCCUGAAGAUGAACUCGUGGAUUUGCUGCGGCCUUUAGGCACGUACAAUGUUCGUACCAAACGCUUGGUCGACCUUUCUCGUGCCUACCUGAAAGACCCACCGUCGAUACACGACGAAAGAACGUCCAGAGCACACUCUCCCCACGUCUCUCCCCGAAAACGCCGAAAAUACCAGCCGACUGCAAUCAGCCACUUGCCGGGCACUGGUGCAUAUGCGCUGGACUCCUAUCGCAUCUUUUGUCUGGGAAUGUUCUCAGACGAGUGGAAGGAAGUUUAUCCUCUAGACAAGGAGCUCAUCAGAUUCUUGAGGUGGAAAUGGGCUGUUUUUGAACAAAAACAGUGGGACCCCGUGGCUGGGAUCGAGGGGCCUAUCAACAUUCCAUAUAUUGAGAAGAUGAUCCGAGAGCUCGAAAUGAGCAAGAUAGACAAAUCGAUUACAGUUUCGCUCGGGGAAGAGGUUCCCAAUCCACUCGCUCGAUCUGUGGACGAAUGA